AUGCAAGAAUCAUCAAAGGAGUCAACACCUACUGAAUUAAUGAAUGCUCGACUUGAGCGUCUGAAAAAACUUAGGAGUCGAAUGGAUGAAUCUGAACAAGCAAAUCGGCAAGAACUCUAUGAAGAACAUCAUCGUAAGAAAAUUAAUCCAAAGGAAAAAAUUAGACAGGAGCGUAAACGAGUGGAAGCAGAAAAGUUAUUGGCUCGACAAGAAGCAGAAGAAAACGAUGAGGAUUAUGAACGAAAAAGAUUCUGGGAAUAUUCCGCAGAGUCAGUUGAGAAAUGGGAAAAGAAGCAAGAAAAGAAAUUGAAAAGAUCUGACGUUGCAUUCACUGAUUAUAAUCAAGUUGCACGUAAAAAAUAUAAAAGAAUGAUAAAUGAUUUUACUCCUGACCUAAAUGCAUAUAAUGAAAAAAAAGCUAAAGCUAUGGCAUUAGCGAGUGUUGUCACUACGGCAGACGGAGAAGUUAUUUCAAUUGAUUCAGAAUCUAGAUUUUAUAGAGAUGCCAAUUCUUUACAAUAUGCUAGCGUAGACGACGUGCCUAGUCGUGAAGCAGUCGAUCGAAUGGUAGAAGACCUUAACAAACAAAUGGCUAAACGUGAGAAAUUUUCACGUCAAAAACCUAUUAAUGAAGACGACGAUAUUACAUACAUUAACGAACGUAACAGAAGAUUCAAUGAGAAAAUUGGUAGAUUUUAUGAUAAAUACACUCGGGAAAUCAAAGAAAACUUUGAACGUGGUACUGCGUAA